AGCUUUUGUUUUUGAGACAGGAUCUUGCUAAGUCGCUAAAUUGCUCAGAGUGGGCUAGAACUUGUCAUUCUCCUGCUUCAGCCUCGCAGAGUGCUGGGCUUACAGGCGUGCACCACCACCAGGUCGGACUGGAAGAUUUUUGGUGUGGUUGCUGGGUUCUAUGUUCCUAGAAGGUGAUGGUAAAGGGCUGAUCAGUUGCUACUGAGCACAGUUGAAGCAAAACAAGAUGUCAGCAAACUCUUCAGGACAAGGUUUUCAAAACAAAAAUAGAGUUGCAAUCUUAGCAGAGCUGGACAAAGAAAAAAGAAAAUUACUUAUGCAGAACCAAUCUUCAACAAAUCAUCCAGGAGCUAGCAUCGCGCUCUCCAGGCCCUCUCUGAACAAGGACUUCCGGGAUCAUGCCGAGCAGCAGCAUAUUGCAGCCCAGCAGAAGGCAGCUUUGCAGCAUGCUCACGCACAUUCAUCUGGAUACUUCAUAACUCAGGACUCUGCAUUUGGGAAUCUUAUUCUCCCCGUUUUACCACGCCUUGACCCAGAAUGAAGAAAAUAUCUGUGAUGAAAGUGACUGUAGUUCCAAAGGCCAAAGCUACUCAUUCACUGCUGUACAAACUGACUUUCAGAAUUCUGGUGAAUGUACAUAUUUUUUGCUUCCUUAAGAAAGGAGAAAGUAAGUGAAAGCGAGGAGAAGAGGAGCAGGAUGACGGACACGUGGAAGCUGUCUCAUUGAGGAACUGAUGAUGCUGCCCUGGACUACA